CCUAGAGACAUGUGGAAAAGGGACUUUUAGAUAUUCUUUCAUAUUCUACUGACAACUUUCAUCGGACGCGUUUCCGUCUUUUGGAGUUAAAUUACGUCGCUAUUAUCUAGUUAGACAUUCAAGUUUCUAAAAAAGGUCUUUUAAGAAAGUCUAACUGGUCUCACUUGAAAUAUAGAAUAUCGUCGACCAGAUCCUACAACACAUGGCGACCAAUGUCAAGGUUGUGGGAACGGACCUUAAGCAGGUGACCAUUAAGGUCAAUCCUGAAGCCUACCUGACAGAUAUUUUAGAGCAAGCUUGCGAGAAGCUCAAGGUCCCCUCCAACAAAUACCUAUUUAAACACAAGCAAAAGACGCUAGAUCUGUCGCAGACAUGGCGAACCUCAGGUCUACCACCCGGCGCCAGGCUCGAACUCAUCGUCCGCUCUAAUACCCCCUCCGCCAUCAACGUCGCCUUGCAACUCCCGGCUCCCGAGUCAAAUCUAUUCCCGCCAUUCGGUCGAAUCACGGAGAAGCUACCGAGCGAUAUUGCGAUAUGGCAGCUUUUACGCCAGUUCGAGAGCGGCAAGUCGAGUCAGGGGAAGAAUCUAAACAUCACAGCGAGGGGCGUGGCGCAAACAAAUAACGGAGCAGCCGCAGGUAGUGGACAAUUGUAUUAUGAGACUCCGGUCCUGACGAUCGAGAAUAGAACGCUGUCAACUUUUGCCGACUUUCAGAAGAGCCUAUCGCAGUUAGGGUACAAUUCGGGAGGUGUCCUGAUACGCCUAUCUUUUCAGAAGACUGACAAGACGUUGGUGGAUGCUAUGGGAGAGAUGAGUCAGUUCUUCAAGACAGAAGAAGCGAACCAGGAGAAGGCGCAGGAGUCUAGCAGUGAAUCGACGACAAAUAAUGAGGCUGCCCCUUUAACUGAUGCGCUGCCUUCGGAUAGUGUGAUGGGUGGUUCCUCAGAAGAGAAGCCGGAGACGGAUGUGCCUGAAGCAACUCAACAUGAUGACGCAGACCUUUCUUCCGCGGCGCAAGCACCUCCAGUAGACGCUAUGGACGUCGACGUCCCAUCCGCUGAUAGCCGCCCCGUCACCAUCUUCUCCGCGCCCACCUCCGGUACGCCAGCUGCAGCCUUACGAGAAGAAUCCGACGAAGUUUUUGCCCCACGCAUCGAACAUGCGCAGGCCCAUCAAAGGCUGCUGAAAGCCGCAGGCGAGAACAGGCGCCUCCUUUCCGACAAGGAGCUCAAAGAAAAGGCUGCCGCCGAAGCAGCCAGGGUAGCGGCCGUCAAGUCUAUCAAGAUCAAGGUCCGCUUCCCAGACAACUUUUCCGCAGAGUGGCCCUUCGGCCCAGACGACACGGGCGCAACGCUGUACGCCGAGAUCAGGAAAAUUAUGGCCAACGAGGCAGUGCCGUUCAAGCUGGUACUGCCGCCCGGCAAGACGGCCAUCAAGGACGACAGCAGCCCCGCGAGUAGGCUCAUCGGCGGAUACCGCUUAAGCUCUAAUACGCUGGUGAAUUUCAUGUGGGACGACAAGGUGUCUGCUGAGAUUCGGAAGCAGCCGUUCUUGAAGAACAGCGCUGCUGGUCACGCACAGAAGGUGGUUGUUCCUGACGUUCCUGAAGUAGAAGUCGAGGACGAGGCGGGCCAUAAUGCUGCUAACAUACCAGUGCCCGCACCCCAGCCAAGGGGCGAAGGUGAUGGGUCUGGGUUCAAGAAGCCCAAGUGGCUGAAGGGGUUCGGGAAAAAGUGAAAAGGAAUACGACGAACGAUGUCUUGUGUGCUGGGUUUAGAAUCAGGGAAUCAACAUCUGCUUGGAGUUUAUGUAACAUUAUCGGGGACUUUUCACAUGGCAUAUAAUUCAUCAAG